GGCCCCCGCCGUCGCCACCACCUGCGCGCCGUCGCCCCAGCCCCGCCCCCGAGAGCCGAGAGCUGUCGGCAGCCGAGGUCUGGCAGCGCUCGUCUCCUUACCGGCUUGUUUACUACCAUGCCGCUGUACGAGGGCCUGGGGAGCGGCGGAGAGAAAACGGCGGUCGUGAUAGACCUGGGAGAGUCUUUUACCAAAUGUGGAUUUGCUGGAGAAACUGGUCCAAGAUGCAUAAUUCCUAGUGUGAUAAAAAAAGCUGGCAUGCCUAAGCCUAUCAAAGUUGUACAAUAUAAUAUCAAUACAGAAGAAUUAUAUUCCUACCUAAAGGAAUUCAUCCACAUACUGUAUUUCAGGCAUCUAUUGGUGAAUCCCAGAGACCGCAGAGUUGUGGUUAUUGAGUCGGUAUUAUGUCCUUCCCACUUCAGAGAGACACUCACUCGUGUUCUUUUCAAGUAUUUUGAGGUUCCAUCUGUCUUGCUUGCUCCAAGUCAUCUAAUGGCUCUUCUUACACUUGGGAUAAACUCUGCCAUGGUCCUGGAUUGUGGAUAUAGGGAAAGCCUGGUGUUACCUAUAUAUGAAGGAAUCCCAGUACUAAAUUGUUGGGGAGCACUCCCCCUAGGAGGAAAAGCUCUUCACAAGGAGUUGGAAACUCAACUAUUGGAACAAUGUACUGUUGACACAGGUGCUGCUAAAGAACAGAGCCUUCCCUCUGUGAUGGGUUCAAUUCCAGAAGGUAUCUUGGAGGACAUUAAAGUGCGCACUUGCUUUGUUAGUGAUCUGAAGCGUGGACUAAAAAUCCAAGCAGCAAAAUUUAAUAUUGAUGGGAAUACUGAGCGUCCCUCACCACCUCCAAAUGUUGACUACCCAUUAGAUGGAGAGAAGAUUUUACAUGUCCUUGGAUCAAUCAGAGAUUCGGUUGUGGAAAUCCUUUUUGAGCAAGAUAAUGAAGAGAAAUCAGUUGCCACUUUAAUAUUGGAUUCCCUUAUGCAGUGCCCAAUAGACACUAGGAAGCAACUAGCAGAGAACUUGGUAGUCAUAGGUGGCACGUCUAUGUUGCCAGGAUUCCUCCACAGACUACUUGCAGAAAUAAGGUAUUUGGUAGAAAAACCAAAAUAUAAAAAAAUACUUGGCACCAAGACAUUCCGAAUUCAUACUCCACCUGCAAAGGCUAAUUGUGUAGCCUGGUUGGGAGGAGCUAUUUUUGGAGCACUGCAAGACAUACUUGGGAGCCGUUCAGUCUCAAAGGAAUAUUAUAACCAGACAGGCCGUAUACCUGAUUGGUGUUCUCUUAAUAACCCACCUUUGGAAAUGAUGUUUGAUGUCGGGAAGGCUCAACCACCUCUGAUGAAGAGAGCAUUUUCCACUGAGAAAUGAAAGUUUGAUUAAAAUUCAGCUUUGCUUCUUUUCAAAUAUCAAUUACAAGCAAACUGUACAAAGUAUAUAGGGUGGUGUUAGAGAUGACUUUAGUAGAAGUGCAAGCGUUUCUGUAAUUAUACUUCACAUUAGUAUUUAAUCAUUUUGCCUUUGGUGUAAUGGUAGAAUGGUAGCUGAUGCUUAUUGAAAUUAGUUGUAUUUAUAUCAAUAAAAUAUAGUAAAGCAGUUAAUUUUGGAAGUUUGUUGCAUAGUUCAUUUUUCAAAAAGAACAAAAACAUUGUCCCUCCACAAUUCACAUAAUCUGUCCUGGGCAUUGGAGACUUCAUUAAUUUCAUUGUGUUCAACAAUUAUUUUAUUUAAAGAAUAAUGUUACCUUUUCCAGUUAUUUCAAGUAUUAACAUGGGUCUGUGUCUUAAAAUCCUUUUGUUUUGAUGUUUGUGUCCAUGUUAUAAUUAUGCUACUUUUGGGCUGAGAAUGUUGGGUAGCAUAGUUAAGCAUUUGGUAAGGAAAAUGGGGAAAUGUUCACUUUUUAACUUUACAGUUUAUUUUAUGAAUUGCUAAGAAAAAAGAUAUUUCAUUUUUAUGCGGAGAUACUCAUUUUAUGCAUUUUUAUGAAACUGCUUUAUAAACAUGUAUUCAUAAUG